AUGAAGUUCACCUCUCGGUAUCAGGUCAAGGAGCGUGACAAUCUUGAUCAGUUUGUUGAGUUCCUCAAGCUCCCGCAAGAGAACUUUGACACUUGUGACCCGAUCAAGUGGUGGGCCGGCCGCGAGUCUCUGUUUCCAGAUCUUUUCCGGCUUGCGCGAGACAUUUUCACCAUACCCGGUUCCGCUGUCGCUGUCGAGCGCAUCUUCUCGGGCGGCCGAGAUACCAUUUCGAUUCGUCGCGCUAGCCUGAAGCCAGACACUAUCAGAACCUUAAUGAUAGUGAAGCAGCGCCUCAAGCUAGCUCGUGAGGCGGUCAAGGAGCUGCUAGGCAAUGCAUAA